CGCACUCUUUAGGACGUAAAGGUCGAUAUUCUCUAGUUUCCGUUUAGGCCUGGUUUCCGGAAAGGAGUGUCGCCGUUAGAUCUGCGAGAUGUCUACUAUGUUUGCUGAUACUAUCCUUAUUGUUUUCAUUUCGGUCUGCACCGCUUUGUUAGCGGAGGGCAUAACAUGGGUUCUGGUGUAUAGAACAGAUAAGUAUAAAAGACUGAAAGCAGAAGUGGAGAAACAGAGUAAAAAAUUGGAAAAAAAGAAGGAAACAAUAACAGAAUCAGCAGGCCGACAGCAGAAAAAGAAAAUAGAGAGGCAAGAAGAGAAACUGAAGAACAACAAUAGAGAUCUGUCAAUGGUUCGCAUGAAGUCCAUGUUUGCCAUUGGUUUCUGUUUCACUGCUCUGAUGGGAAUGUUUAAUUCCAUAUUUGAUGGAAGAGUGGUUGCAAAGCUCCCAUUCAUACCACUUUCUUACAUUCAGGGUUUGUCUCAUCGUAAUCUUCUGGGUGAAGAUUGCACAGAUUGUUCCUUCAUCUUUCUGUAUAUUCUCUGCACCAUGUCUAUUCGGCAGAAUAUUCAAAAGCUGUUGGGUCUGGCUCCUUCCCGAGCUGCCACCAAGCAGGCUGGAGGAUUCCUUGGCCCCCCACCUCAAGCUGGGAAGUUCUCCUGAAAUAAAUAAAAUAAUUUUAUCUCUCUU